AUGGCAGCUUUACAAAGAUUUCUACAGCUUGAGCAUAGAAGACGGCGCAGAAUUCAGACCGUUUACAUAAAUGCCUACAUAAGGACACAUUUUACCCCCCUUGAUGCACUAUCUGAUGAUGCGAUCUUAAGAAAAUUCCGGCUUCCAAGGAACAAGAUCCUUGACUUACUGGAGAUUGUGAAACCACACCUUCAGAGGGCCACACGAAGAAACUAUGCCCUAAGUCCAGCGGUGCAGUUGUUAGCUACACUGCGUUUUUAUGCUGUUGGAAGUUUUAUGGAGGUGGUGGGUGAUGGCCUAGGUCUCAGCAAGUCUUCAGUUAGCAAAACUGUGACAGCAGUAACACCUUUGCUGUUACAGCUUAUAAAGGACAGCCUAAUUUUCCCCCAAACACCAGAAGAAAUCCGGCAGGCCAAUCAACACCUUCACAGCAUUGCCAGCAUCCCCAGAGUGAUUGGCAUCGUUGAUGGCACCCUUAUUCCAGUGGCUAGUCCUGUUGCAAAUGAGUCAUUAUAUAUUUGCAGGAAGGGCUAUCCAGCUAUUAAUGUUCAGAUAAUAUGCAAUCACCAGGGGAUGUUUACUGACAUUGUUGCAAAAUGGCCUGGGAGCACACAUGACUCUUUUGUUUGGGCCAAUUCUGCAAUUUGCCAAGUGGCUGAAGAGGGUGGCUUUGGUGAUAGCUGGCUGUUGGGAGACAGUGGAUAUCCUCUUCGCCCAUACCUCAUAACACCUGUGCAGCAUCCAGCCACCAAUGCAGAGGAAAUGUUUAAUCAGGCCCAUGUAAGGACACGCUCUACAGUGGAGAGGACUAUAGGACUGUGGAAACAGCGAUAUCGCUGCAUCAGCAAAUCCUGUGGUGGCCUUAAACUGAACCCCUCCAAAAGCUGCUCUCAAGCAGUGCUGGACCAAGGCCAGGAAGAUCAUAAGGGCCUCAGCCACACCAACAACAGAUUCCUCACCGAGGAGAGCGCGGUGGUGUGCUGCCGGACCCGGCCGUGA